GUGCCAAUAUUCACAGAGGCUGGCUGGCUUGGAUUUUGAUUGCCUCGGGUUGGGCCGGUUUAUACAUGAAUGUAUGUCGCGCAGUCUGGCUUCUACAGCUUUUUCUACCUGUUGUGCAGAAUACUGUCCCAUCUGAGGGCCGCUUGACCCUUUUCAAAAGAAAUCGUGAAGAGUUGGCAGGAUAAUUAGUCGAGAAAUAUGCGGGGAGUUAAGACGUGUAAAAACUAAUCACUCGGGUCUUCUUUGAAGUGUCCAAUUACUGUAGGUGUGCGCAUUGGUGUGUUUAGAAUAAGCGUAGAAUUCAAAAGCAGUUGAAUCUAACCUUUCAAUUUGCUUUCAAGCAUGUCACGAAAAAAAAAAACAACCACUUGAAUUAUCAUCAAAGUCCGCGAUCUUCGUUACACGGGCAAAGAAAGUAACGUCGUUUUACGCGGUAUGGAUACCGAUCUACCAGACGAUGCAAAGUAUCGUCAUUUUUUCGGUAAUCAAUCGUAAUUCUGAUCACUUGAGAACCGGAUGGGUUUACUCGAUUUCGUGGGAAUGAUGGACAAUUGAGUAACCGGGAACAGCAGUAGGCGACGAUAUUACACGAUUUGGUGCCCUAGUGAUCGCCCACGACACUUAGGGACGGUGUUUCGUGUGUGGCUACUAAAUUUGACCAGCCAAAACGACCGGUGGUCGGCCUGUCGUUCAUUAACUCCCUCAUCCUUGCCGGAUCCCCCUUCUCGGUAUCUGGACGAGCAAGAAGAAGCUGAGAGAUCCUUGGCUCGCACUGGGAACAGUGCGUUGUAGACUUCCCGACCGGCGGGCUGCCAAAUAUUUUAGUGGUGUCCCCCCGAUGUGAGUCCGGGACAACAUGCGGUCCACUCAAAGUUACCUUUUUCUCGCUACGGUUGUUUUGUGCAUCGGUCAAUCGAUUCAGGAGAACGCCCAAGAAAUCCAGGAAAGCUUCCAUUUUCGAAGAGCAAUUGACGGCAGUAGAGGAAGAAAAUACUUUAAUCCCGAUGAAGAUGGAUCGUACGAUAGCUAUGACUCGACGAGUGGUGACUACGACUCCAGUCAGGUAGAAUCGGGAUUUUCGGAUAUCAGGUCGAACGUACCAGGUGAACCAGGAGUCAAUUAUCCAACCUACACCAGCGUACCGAAAACGAGAUUCUCCUGUCAUGGUCGGAUGUCGGGUUACUAUGCUGAUGAGGAAGCUGGAUGUCAGGUUUUCCACGUAUGUCACAAUGUGGUGGUUUCUUCGUUCCUCUGCCCAGUCGGAUCAAUUUUUUCGCAAACUCUGCUUACCUGUGAUUGGUGGAAUAACGUAGAAUGUGAAGGGCCCAAUGAUGAUUUCUUUCCACACCAAAAAAUACCUUCAAAUGAGGAACAAAUGAUCCAAAAAGCAUACGAAAUGAUGCAACUGCCAAAACCGAACAGUGGUAGCAGUGAUCAACAAGUCAGAGGAAGACAACUGAACAGUGCGAAAGUUGCAGACAGAGAUAAUGGUAAAACAAACAUCCGUGAAGGAAUUGCAGUAUCAGGUGAAAGAAACCCUCAAAAUUAUCGCCACUACCAUACAGAACAGCCUCCAUUGCAAGAAAAUUCUCGAUUGAGAAAGAAUAAUGACGAUGUUAAUGACGAUCAUACUCCAUCUAAGCAGAAUUUUAUCAAUAUCCGGCUUAGGCCGAAAAACUUUCAGAUCAAUCGUCCGGGCGAGGAUUCCAGAUUAAACGAUCGAGCUAAAGAUUCAUCAGUUAUCUACAUUCAGAAAAAUGUCAACGAUGAUUCUCAGAAGGUUUAUUCAACAUUACGACCAUUUGUAAUACAGGAAAAUUUCCGAAACUCUGAUGAUCACGAUGUUAACAUUUACAAAGAAGAAUUUCAGCCAUCGUAUGCUCCAACUGUUCCAACGGUUACUACAACGACACGAAAACUAUACUCACCCACUGUACCUGUAACUACAUACAGACCUUCUACGACAUCUUACAAAAAUGAUGAUCAAGACUUGGGAAGCUCAGAUCAUCUUUACAUUCACGGUAAAAAUAGUAACAUUUUAACAUCGCAACCAACGGUAAUUUACGAAGAUCUUACACCGGAAAAUAAUAAUUUUACAAAUUCAGUCAUCUUGAACCGUAAAGCGAGUGAAAAAUCAGAUACCGCAGACAAGGAACACCAUGAAAAUGUGGCAAAAUCCGUUAAACCGACGGAAAGUUUUGGAUCGGAGGUACAAGAUACGUACUUGUCAAAUCAUAAAUCGAAUAUUGGAAAUACGAAAGAGGAAGUUGAAAUAGUGCCAUCGAUUUUUAAUUCAGAGUCGUAUAGUCAUGGACAAAAUUAUCAACACUUUUACGCUGACCAGGAUUCCUUAAGUGAGGAAUUCCGGGCACGAGUUACUGGGAAAAGGGAAGGGUUUUUGGUUGAUAAUUACGCAAAUGCUGCGCUGCAAACAGGCUUGGUAAAUGACGGGAAAAAAGAGGACAGUGACAUCUUUAAUUCCCCUGGCAAGAUACCACCCUUGAUUGUUCAACUUCCACGACCUUUGGGGUCAUCAGAUUCGUCUUCUAUCGAUAUUCGUGACCAACUAUUCACUUUCAAUACGUUGAAUAUGUCGCUAGCUCCGAUACCUCAAACUCCGCAACUGGGAGGAUCGUUAGGAAUAAAUUCUAAGGAUACUAUGAGAGCAAAUGUAACUUCUGAAGGACCCAAUAUGAUUCCACUGUUGAUCCCUCAAAAUUCGCCACCUAUGCUAUCGUCAGGAAUACGAUCUCCAGGGGCGAUAUAUGAUGAAAAUACCUCUAAUGAACCACGCAUUUCAACACCUUCGAUUUCGGAAAUUGGAUCGUCAGGGACGGUUAGAGCUGAUGCUGAUAGUAGAAUACAGACUUCUGCAUCAUCCAUCAGGAUACCACCUCGGAUUUCUCAAACUUUGGAAGCACCGAGUAGGCCACUUUUGAUUUCGCAAAUUUCACAAUCAGCCGGAUUGCCGGGAGCAGUUUUAACGGAUACUGCUGAUAGACCACAGACCUCUCAACCAUCUGAUACGAUACCACCACUGAUUCCACAAUCUUUGGAUGCAAACAGCGAUCGAAAUGUGAUUGACGCAUCAACCAGAAUUCCGCCACUGAUUACACAAACCUCCCAGCUUGCCGGAUUGCCAGGGGUAGAUUUAUCGGAUGUUACUGAUAGUACACAGAAUUCUCAAUCGCCUGAUAGGAUCCCACUUGUAAUUACUUCGUCUAUGAACUCUAAUAACAAUGAAAAUAUCUCCGGUGCGCCAGCUAGAAUUCCUCCUUUGAUCUGGCAAAUCUCACAAUCAGCCGAAUCAGUCAGGAUAGAUUCAACAGAUGUUAUGAAUCGAACACAGAUUUCUCAACCAUCUAAUAGCACAACAUCUCCGAUUCCACAGUCUUUAGAUGGAAAUAGUGAUCGAAAUGCAUUUGACCCAUCAACCAGAAUUCCACCUCUGAUCACACAAACUGUACAACCCACCGGAUUGUCCGAGGGAGGCUUAUCGGAUGUUACCAAUAGAACACAGAAUUCUCGAUUACCUACUAGGAUACCACUUGUGAUUCCUCAAUCUACGAGUUUUCAUAAUAACGAAAAUAUGCCUGUUGCACCAGCCAGGAUGCCUCCUCUGAUUUGGCAAAUCUCACAAUCAGCCGAAUCAGCAGGGACAGAUUCCACACGUGUCGUUCAUCGAACACAGGUUUCUCAACCAUCUAAUAGCUUAACACCUCCGAUUCUACAAUCUUCAGCUGCAAAUAACGAUAAGAACGUCUUUGAUACAUCAACUAGGAUACCACCCUUGAUCACUCAAAGCCCAGGUGUAGUUUCGGCAGAUUCUGCUAACAGAAUAGAGACUUCGAAACCAUUCAACAACAUACCAUCUCUUAUUCCACAAUCUUUAGAUGCAAAUAAUGAUGAAAACAUCUUCGACACAGCCACUAGGGUACCUUCCUUGAUCACACAAACCUCGGGUGUGGUUUCAACGGAUACUACUGACAGAACAGAGAUAGAGACUUCUGAAUCAUCCGACAGCAUACCACCUCUGAUUCCACAAUCUUCAGAUGCAAAUAAUGAAGAGAACAUCUUUGAUAUAACCACCAGGGUACCACCCUUGGUCACACAAACCUCAGGUGUAGUCUCAACGGAUUCUGCUGAUAGAACAGAGACUUCUAAACCAUUCAACAACAUACCACCUCUGAUUCCAAAAUCUUCAGAUGCGAAUAAUGAUGAGAACAUCUUUGAUACAGCCACGAGGGUACCACCCUUGAUCACAGAGACCUCAGCUGUGGUUUCAACGGAUACUACUGACAGAAUAGAGAUAGAAACUUCUGAAUCAUCCAAUAGCAUACCACCUCUGAUUCCACAAUCUUCGGAUGCAAACAACGACACGAAUGUGUUUAAUACACCAACCAGAAUACCAUCCUUGAUUCCUGGAACAGUAAAAUCUACGCCGUCGUUCAGUGCACAGAACCCAAGUACUGUCAAUAGUCAAAAUGUUUCUGGAAAACCACCGAAUAUACCACCGUUCAUUUCUCAAAUCCCACAGGGAGGGGAUUCAAUGAUUGUUAUACAUCAACCACAGACUUUGGACGUGUCUACUGUGAUAUCUCCUCCGAUUCCUCAAACUUCUAAAUCUACAGAAAUGCCAGUGACACAAUUUCCGUGUGUGUUUACUGAAAUUAAUAGUGUAACAUGUAAGAAUCCACCUAUGCUCUCUAAAACUCCAAACUCUUCAAACUCAUCCGACGGUGUUCUAGUGGGCAAUACUGAAAAAGAACAUGUUGCGUCUUCAUCACCAUAUAUACCACCAUUGAUUACUGACGUGCUACAACCUCCAAAGUUACCAGCUAUAGACUUGAUGGAUAUUUUCAAUCGAAGGCCAGCCAUACUUCCAUCAACCGAAGCACCGCCUUUGAUUCAGACUUCAAACACUCCUGAUCCAUGGACCGUACCGUUGCAUGAUUUAUCCAACCCUUUUCACCCAUCGUUCAGUUCAGCACCAGGAAAGCUCUAUCUAUCUCCAAAGGAAUAUCAGAGGCCCAUGGCAUUUAACUCCAUCCAGAUACCACAGCAGCAACUAGGAGAUCAAUUGGCAAUACAACCUCCGGUGAAACAUCUUACCUACGAUUCAAGUGUGGGGAAUCCGGAAACUAAGAACAGUCAGUUUGCUGUUGUGGAGAGUACCAGCAAGGAAUCAUCAACAACUAGUUAUCCAAAUAUAGCCUCUACUCUAUCUCCUCCUAGAUUUGACAACCCCUUCGUCACCCCGAGCGGAAAAAGUUUAGAAGCAGACACGUCUGACACUCGAGGACCCAUCGCUCAAGGGUUUAUUCCGGCCGGUUAUAACGAGAAUAUACGUUUUCACACAGGCGGAGCUUCGUUACAUCCUCAGUUUUAUACCAUUCCUUCGACUUUGAUUUCACAAGCUGUUAAGUCAUCAUUAGAUACACAAGGCGAAAAGACCAUCGGGCUGCAAAAUUCACAAUCAGCUGAUGAUUCAACAAGUUUGCUUAGUUCGGAAAUCGUUCCUCAUAACGAAUAUCGGCAAAAUACCAUGGCCAAUGUUUUCAGUAAAGCAACUUCUGCGGAAAGUAAUGUACGUUUUGAAUCUAGCACACCAAAGAAUGUCCUAGAUAUCACCGGUAUAACGACCACAGGGAAAUUUGAUGCAUCAAACAAGGAUAGUGUGCAGGCUCUUCGACCAAACAUUUCAGCUGCUGGCUUGCCGGUGAGCUUGAGCCAAAUAGAAGAUUCGAUCAACAAUAGUAACGAUUUGCCAUACGAGAUUGCCUUCACGAUCAAUGCUGGUGAGGACUUUAAUCCAUCGGGAGAUUUCAUAAGUAAACUUCUUGCGCAACAUCAGAAUAACGGAUCGCCUGGUUUCGCUGGUUUGGAAGGUUAUGAAAUCAUUAGGUCUGAUGAUAUUGAAACUUCAGUGAAUGAACAAAAUCUGGAGCCAACGGUAGCACCAACUAUAGCGCCAGCUAUAGCACCAACUAUAACACCAACUGUAGCACCCACUGUUCAAUCUAAUACUGCUGGAGGACGAUUGCUGUUUGAUCCUAGAAUAUCUUUGGAAGAUAAUCAAAGUGGCAAGAGGAUUAUUUUUUCUAAUCCGCUGCUAAGUCCUGCAACUAUAACACGCUCGAAGUCAGUCGGCAAUCGCGCUGAAGAAAUAGACCCAGUUAAAUCGGAAGUUUUACCACGACCAUCCCCCUUUGGAACCGAACAGAGCGUAGCAUUGAAUUCAAGACUGAAUUCGAAAUUUGAUUAUCUUUCCAUCCUCAACCAACCGUCCUCGACGAGCAAUCGUGACGUGAAUCUUUUAGCCCAAGAUAUAAAUGGCUCCUUGGAAGCACUCUUUGCUUCGGCACAGAAGACGGCCGUAACUUCUAUCCCCUCAAGGGAGCAGCUUUUAGAAGAAUUAACGAAGAAUUUUGGACAACCCUACUUUUCGAGUGACACUCACCAAAGUUACUUUACCCCACCCACAACUUCUGCCAAUAUAAAUUACAAAUUUCCGUCACCGUUUGUCAAUCUAGAACAAUAUCGAACCGGAAAGAAAGCCUCUGGUUGGCAGUCGGCUCCUACUAGUCCUGAGCUACCGAAAACUCCAACAACAACAUCAACAACAACAACAACAACAACGCCCAAGCCCAUCAAGACAUUCGUUGAGACGGAAUUUAUUCCCUCGUUGAGUUUUUCGUUCGACUCUGACUAUGAGCGAAAGGCAUACGUAGAUGCUGUACUGAACGGAUUCGUGACCGAAAAUCAAUUCAUUGACCCCUGGCGCGAUACUGCAAGUACCUACUGGGAACCGAGUCAAACUUGAAAACUCUCAAAUUUUAAUAAUAAGAUAAAGCUGACGUAGCAUUAUAGGUCAAGAUAUGCAUGAGAACCUGUAAUAUAUGGCCUUACUAUACAUAUUAUAUUGAGUGAGAAUUUGUAUAUAUAUAUAUAUUAAGUGAGUGUAUACUGUAAUAACGUUUUGUACGAUUCAUGAAAAUUAGAAAUUAACUUAUAUACGAAAAUUCUUAUUUAAGUUUUAUAUUAUUCAUCUUUGAAAACUUCCAGACAGAACGGUAAAGCAAUUGAUGCACUGUAUGUGAAAUGACUCUAUAGCAUUGUGUGGUCAAUCACCACGAAGGUAUUUCAAGUUAUUUCAAGUUAUAUCAGCCACUGAAUUGUGUAAAAGAUAAUUACAUAGAAACAUUGAAUUUUUGUACGUGAAAGCUAUGUAUGUUUAUCAAUGCCGAAAAACGUUUACAAUCGUACUGAUUUAAAUUUGUUUUUUCAACGCUGAUCCUCGAUUACAUAUUAAUUCUCUGACAUAUUAAUAUUAUAAUGUUUUCACUAAUUUGUCUCUGAUUUACAUUUCAUUAUCCGAGUAAAGUAUUUAGUAUGGAAUAUUAGCAUCAGUAUUACUACAUAAUAUCAGUUUCCAUUGUAUUCUCAUUGAA